AAGACAGACCUCGAGACUCCAACCGGUACCUUUCUGCUCUCGUUCGUUCAACGCGUGGAAGAAGUGCUCGAGUCAACCUCUGGUCAAAAUGAAACUGUUCCUGCUCUUGGUAGUCCUCGGAGUUGGCAUGUCCAGUGCCACCCUCCGCUCGGAAGUGGAUCAGCUGUUGGCGUUCUACCCGAUGGAGGAGGUCCGUGAGAUCUACGACUGGUGGAUCACCCAUGAUGCCGAGGUUGGCGAGAUCUACGCCUUCAUGCAGAGCAACUACGCCAACGAUGCGUGGAGCGUUCUGGUCACCCAGCCCGAGCUGCAGGGAGUCGGAGCCUGGACCGAGGCCCGUGGUGUCAACUUGCGCGAUUAUCUGGACUUUGUCGCCGCCAUGUUCGGCUGGACUCCGCUGCCCCGUGCUGUCCGUAACGGAAAGGCUCGCUCGUGGGCCUCGAUGAUGGAGGAGAUCCGCUCGGUCACCGAUACCCCCGGAGCGCUGGCCCUGGCCAACGAGUUCAUUGCCACGCCCGGAAGCGAGUUCGCUGAGCUGUACCGCAUGACCCAGGAUGCCCGCCCAGCGUUCACCCGCACCAUGAACGACCCGGAAGUGCAGCGUUGGGCCGCCCAGCUGCGUGCCUUCGGCGUCGACAUCGACGGAACCGUCGCCCGUCUGCAGUCCUUCUUCGGAUGGAACUAAGUGGUUAUGAUUUCUUUAUGCAAUAAAACGCUUUGUAUAUGAACAUGUUA